GACAAAGACAACAAUGUCGAGGUGGAACGCGACUGUAUUCACAAAGAAAUUGCUAUUGUGAAGAUGAACAGGGUACCAGGGAACCAACUGAGCAAAGAAUUCAUUACGGAGUUGAACACUACGUUGGAAAAACUGGAAAACGACGACAGUUGCCGCGGCGUUAUCCUGACAUCAGCCAUUGACAGUAUCUUUUCUUUGGGGCUGGAUAGCAAUGAGAUGUACCAGAAGUCAAUUGAAUCCACCAGUGCCUUCUGGAGGACUCUCCAGGAUUUCUGGAUGAGACUGUAUGGAUCAAAGCUAGCGAUUGUGGCUGCCAUCAAUGGCCGUUCUCCUGCCACAGGGUGCAUGAUGGCAAUGAGUUGUGAUUACAGAGUUAUGUCAGAGGGACCUUUUGACAUUGGCUUCUCUGAAGUUACUGUGGGUUUAGUCGCCCCAUUCUGGUUCCAAGAUGUGAUGGUCAAAACUUGCGGUGAGCGACAAACGGAAAUGGCAGCCGGACUUGGCACACUCUUCACACCCGAGGAAGCACUGAAGAUCGGCCUGGUGGAUGAGGUCGUACCACCUUGCCAUCUCAUCAGCAAGGCUCGGGAACAACUGUUGAAAUGGCUGAAAAAUCCAGGCAAGUAGACCUGCA